AUGGACAGUAAAGUCAGCAAGCCAGUGAGGAGAGAGAAAGCUAUGCUUCCACCAAGGAGAGGUCAGCUGACAGCCAAGGUAUUUGAGGAAUUGGUAGAGUCAGUGAUGAACAUGACAACAGGAGGGUUUGGAAAAAAGAACCAAGAUAGCCAUGGCCAAAGCUCAGAUUCUUCAAAUCUGCGGGGAAGCGGAAAUGGUUCUGAUGGAAAGAGUCAUGUUCGAAGAGAGUUAGGACAGUUGAAGGAGUUCAAGCUUUUUGUUGUUCAUGUAUUGGCUUGGCUUGGAGCUUCGGUGACCCCGGUUAUGGAGAUCACUCAGGUUGGCAAGAAAUUCGAAGUGAAGGUGUCUGAUGAUGAAGUCCCAACAACUCAAUUUUCAACCAUCGAUCAUCUACGAAAAUAUGACACCAAUUGGCUCCUAAUGGUUAAGGUUCUUCGGAGAGGAACAAUAGUUACUUUCAAUAACAAUAUGUGCUCCGGAGAACUUUGGAAGGUUAUUCUAAUUGAUGAUGAGGGAGCAAGAAUUCAAGCUCUAAUGUUUACCGAUGCAAUUGCCAAGUUUGGAGACUUGUUUAAUGAAGAUAAGACGUAUCUCAUUUCUAAUGGAGUAGUGAACUCAACAAAUAAAAAAUUCAGCAAUGUACACAAGGAUAUUGAAUUGUCACUCACAAUCAAUACCAAUGUGCAAGAAGCCGAAACCGAAAUACUACCCUAUCAUAAGUUCUAA